AGGCAUAUACAAGGGCAGCUAAUUCUUAGCCAAACAGGAAGUGGAACAGAUGUGAAGAAGGACCUUGUUAAUAAAUAGGGAACUGGCGAAAUAUUAGAAUUUAGUUGAUUAUUCGCACAAUGAGUAGUGUCCAUUUACUGAAGUAGUAACUGAUUUAUUCACGUAUUCAUUUUGGAUCGCUUGUCAGUGUCAGUCUGGCUGAACUGAACUGGAUCGAGAUGGCAGACGAGGCUCUCUUUCAGUUCCUGCACAGUGAAAUUAUUCAAUAUGUCAACAGUGUGGAAUCUGGGGAAUCGGAGAAUGGACGAUGUGUCUCUAAACUGGAGAGCAUGGGGUUUCGUGUGGGACAAGGACUUAUUGAGAGCAGGCAUAUUUCUGAUUGCAGGUUUACCAAAGACACACCACGCUUCAAAGAUGAGCUUGAUUUUAUGAAGUUUAUCUGCAAAGAUUUCUGGACAAGUGUUUUUAAGAAGCAGAUUGACAACCUGAGAACAAACCACCAGGGUAUUUAUGUGCUACAAGAUAACAAGUUCCGCCUGCUGAGCCAACUGUCUUCUGGAAAACAGUAUUUGGAGCAUGCGCCAAAGUUUUUAGCCUUCACCUGUGGACUGGUCCGAGGAGCACUUUCAAACCUUGGUGUAAAAAGUAUAGUCACGGCGGAAGUGUCAGUCAUGCCUGCCUGUAAAUUCCAGGUGAUGAUCCAGAAGAUGUAAUUCACUACAUAGAAGCGUAUUUCUCAACAUGUGCAUCUUAGUCUCUACUGCCUUGUCAUAUUUUAUUGCCUUGCCCAUUUUAUUGUCACUAUGAUUGUUUUUUUUUUUAUUUGCAUUAACUUGCAAACUACUGGCAUUACACGUGUUUUGACAUGCAAAGGUCAAGCCUUAUUGUACUGUAUUGUGUUAGUAUUUUGACAUGCAUUAUUAUCCAUCCACAUUCACUGUGUUUUGCUUAUUAGUUUGCACAUUAAAAGGACAUUAAAGCUGGAAUCCUAGUAUGAUCCUAGUAUUAUUUUGUGCUUUAUUUUCAGUUAAUUUGUGCAAAUUUAAAUUAAUGAAAAUGUUUUAUUUAUUUUUUCAUGAAUUUUAUAAUGAAAAUUAAAGAAUAUUGAGAAUGAACCCAUUUAAUCCCACUGGUCACAAUAGUGCCAGUAAGAAGGUUUUCAUUUAUAAAGAUGUAAAAGUUACUGACUGGUGUUUUUUUUUUCUUUUUUUUCUGCUAAUUAAUCUGAAUAAAGGGUCAAUUAAAUAUAUGCAGUUUGACAUUUGUCA